UCUCGCUAGACGGCGCCACUUCAUGUUUAUUACCUGUGGCCACCAGGUGUAGAGAUUUUUCCAACAUGGCGAUAUCCAUAAGCAAAAUUACGGAAGUGUUUUCUGCGUGAGUUUUGGUAAACAAAGCACCAUGUUUGGUAUAUCAGUUUUAUCCAAAACGACACAGCCUUACUAUUUUUUCCAGCAAUACCUGGAUUAAUUUCGUACCCGAAGGAUUACCUGAAUUUACUGUUAAUCGCUACCUAACUGCCUAAGUGAUGUGAUUCUAAACAUAUCUUCUGUAGGAUUUUUCGGAUUAUACAUAUCCGAUUGUUGAUUAUGAAGCAUAUUGUUUGAAAUCAACAAAAUGUUGAUAUUGAUGAACCUAACAGUAUCAUCAACAAUCAUGUGGACAUUUUUGCACAAAGACUCUCAAGUUGUUUGACCUUAUUUGGGAAUUAGGUCAGCUUAUGAAAUUGUCGUUUCUUUUUAAUUUGUUGACUAUCUGUGCCAUGAAUAUACAACGAAGUUCUAAGAAAUUAUAAGACACGAUGAAAGUCAAGAAGAUGCUAUUUGUUUGCCUUCUGGUAAAUACCAUGUGUGUCAUGAUCGGAGCAUUUGAAUUUACAGUGGAUUUUGAGAACUCGGCGGAUUGUGGUCGUACUAUCACGGUCUCUGACUUGGACGUCUUCACCCUAAAGGCCAAUCCGAACCCUACAACCUCCGGGGGAGCGGCGUCCUGUGUGGUCAAGUUCAACUCGGCCUCCCAGUUCGUCGUGAAUGUCCAGCAUAUCGACGUCACAGACUGCACUGCCCGGCUGUAUUUCUAUGACAACGACAACACACAGAAAUUUCCAUCGCAAACGUUGUCUUGUAUUCCUACCACUGGCGCAGGACAGUCCUUCCGGACUCGUACCGGAAACCUUAUCGUCCGUCUAGAUAAAGGGUCCGGAAGUACGAAAGCGUAUAGUUUCAACCUUGUCCUAACUACUACUAAAGGUGUGGUGUCCAACAACGUUGCCGACACGGGAGGGGGCGGUGUCGGGACGGGUGCCAUUAUUGGCAUCGCGGUGGGCGUGGUUGCGUUCCUCAUCAUCAUCAUCGCUGUCGUCUGCUUUUUUGUCUGUCGGCAGAUGGCACAGCAGAAAGAGGAGAAAAUGCGCCAACUACAGCCCAGCGUCUUUACCACAGCUUCUUCCAGACAAGCUACCGCCCCAAGCGCCCCACACCUAAGCACUUCGGGGUCACAACAUGGAACUCGACAAGGAAGUAUUAGGACGAGUCAACGAACCAAAAGAUCACAAGCGUUUGAAAACAAAGCUUUUAGUGACACUAGCAACGUCUCCGCUGAUUUUGUUGGAAGUAAAGCUUCAUAUGCCAUUAUAUCGGAUGGCAGUGUUGAUGGGAAAAGUUCCAUCAGAAUGCAAAAUCUUCAGAGGAGCGGGCGAACCGGAAGUGCUCGGCGAGACAGGUCAGUACCGGAUAAAGGUCUUUCUGAUGAUGCUCGAUCAAGCGUGAAGUUUGAUCUUCGAUCUGAUUCUGAAUUGGGAAGAAUCAGUCGACCGUUACAGGGUGACUCCGCGAAAAACAAGAUAGGGAAAAAUACAACUCCGAAGGAGUUCAUUCGGACUGCGAAUGGAAAAGAAAAUGAUUCUACGAAAACAGUCGAUAGAAAAUCGGAAAAGACAACUGAGAAACCAAAGAAGUCAACAACAGAGGGAAAAGAUUAUUUCCGAGAAUACACAAAUAAGGGAUACGAUGAAGACGUCGGUCGUUCAGGGAGUGUUCGAAAAUCCAAAUAUAAAGAAAGCAGUUCCUCGAGCCAUAACUCUUCAAAUAUGCAUGAACAUCGCGAAAGAAAGAAUGAUGUGUAUCGUUCUCGGAGUAAGUCUGAAUCCCGCCACGAAAGAGAGAGAUACCGAGAAUCAGAAAGUGACGAUUUUUAUAUGGAACAAAGACAUCAAGAUCUUUCACAUCGUCGUAAUAGCCUAGACCGAUCCCAUCGAAGAUCCGAUAGCCGAACUCGGAGACGUGAUGACUUCUACAGCGACAGAGAGUCAGAUAGCGACGAUUUCUAUCGCGAAAGAAAUCGUCGAAGUAAAAGUGCUGACCGCCGAGGAAAUCAGAGAGAACCAGUUCGAAGGUCAAACAGUAGGAGUCGAAGCCGGAGCGAUUAUUAUGAUGACUAUCGAAGUGACGAUUCCUUCAUAAGAAGUACGAGACAUCGUGAUUAUCGCGAUGGUUACAAAAGUGACAAUCGAUAUGACAACAGGAGUAGUUACAGAAGAGACAAACGAGACGGGUAUCGGAGUGAUAAUAGGUAUGACUAUCGAGAUGAGUAUAGAAGAGAUAAUCGAUACGAUCAUCGUGAUAGACUUGAUUCUUUCAAAGACCGAGAAAGAAGAAACCAGAGGGCAUCUUAUGACCAUAGCAAUGGUCACAGGUCUAGGGCAACAUCUGUAGGAAGUGCUUAUUCCAAACAAAGAUCAUCUAGAUACGUCAGAUACUAGACAGAUACUGCCAGAAUUUCCCUCACUGCCGACUAUGUUCACUACUUACUGCAUGUUAGUGUCCGGAGUUGUCUAUUUCAUUAUCUAAUUUCUUGUAUCAAGACGUCAUUAUAAUUACAUAUAUGUUCGUUGUUUGUAUAUUUUAAUAUACAUGUAUAUACGAGUAUACGCUUGCAAGUAAUGCCAUGAAGGAUAAAAGAUGAUAUGAUCUCAAAUUUUUAUAUAGAUUCGCAUUCCAGACCUUGUCUUGAAAACAUUUCAUUUUCUGUUCAUUAAUCGCUCACUAAUUUGAAUUACUUCACGAAUAGCUACUUAGGCCAGACAGUACUAUAUUAUACCUCGGAGGCAGCAAUGACACAUUAUGAUUUUGCCAUUAGUUAUUCUGUUUUGUCUGUUAUGUACAUGACAUAGCAUUUAUAUUAAAAUCUUAUA